CAUCAAAAUCAUGGCAAAGAUAUUUGCUUUGCUUAUUCUGACAGCCUUAUAUUUUUCUGUUGUGAUCUGUGCUGAUGACAAAGAUAUUGUUAAAGAUAUAAGUGAGAUAGAGCAGAAGAAAGAAUCGAAAAUGCAAUUGAUGGACAAACAUAUGCUACACAAACUUGAUGGAUUGGUGAAAAAGGUUAGUGAUCUAAUGAAUGAAAAUUAUGAAAUGAAAUACUACAUUGAUGAAAUGAAACACCAUAAUGAUGAAAUGAAACACCACAUUGAUGAAAUGAAACACCACAUUGAUGAAAUAAAACGAGAUAACAAUGUAAUGAAACAGAACUAUGACACCAAGAUCGAGAGUUUGAAAAUGGAAAUCAAUAACUCAAAGCUAUUGAAUAAUGCAGUGACUGAACCGCCAUUUACUGUUUAUGUUAGAUGGGGACGUAACUUGUGCCCUGCAGGGGCUAAUGAAGUCUACAGAGGUUAUACUGGAGGGUCACAUUACACUGAUCAAGGAGGAGCCUCAAACUACGAGUGUCUACCCACGAGACCACAAUAUGGCAGAUACACGUCUGGUAUUGGAACAUACUCAGCGACUAUGUAUGGUGCAGAGUAUGAAGUUU